AUGACCGCGCUAGUAGCUCGAGAACUGACGCACUACAAGGUGGACCUGGUCGCACUCAGUGAGACUCGAUUCUCCGAACAAGGCCAAUUAGAGGAGGUGGGAGCCGGCUACACCUCCUUCUGGAGUGGUCGCCCCAGGUCCGAGAGACGAGAUGCGGGUGUCGCCUUCGCCAUCCGGAACGACAUCGUGGGACGACUGCCCAGCCUGCCGCAGGGAAUUAACGAUCGCCUGAUGAGCCUUCGUCGACCUCUUCGGGGUGGGUGCAAAUUCGCCACCAUCAUCAGCGCCUACGAUCCGCCGAUGACCAGCCCCGAGGCCGCCGCAAAAGACAAAUUCUACGAGGACCUGCACGCCCUCUUGGCGCCUGUGUCGAAGGCGGACAAGUUGAUUGUCCUCGGUGACUUCAAUGCCCGCGUCGGCACAGAACAUGCUGCCUGA